UCCGCCCCGAGGCGAAGGCGCACAUUCUUUUGUCCAAGAUGGCGUCGUCGUCGAGUCGCUGACUGGCGGACAUGUUUUGCUUUUUUAGUGCUUUUUUAGCCGCUUUUGGCUUCUCCGUCGAGGGGCGGAAGUGACUCAUUCGCGGAGCCGCUUGUGGCUAAAACCGCCGCACGGACGCCGCGGAUUGUCGUCGCCGGAGGGGCUCCGUUCCGCUCGUCUUUCUCGCCGCCGCCGCCGCCGCCGCCGCCGUCGUCGUCGUCGUUGACGUUCCCGGCCGACAUGAAGCGGCAGGCCGUCAGGGAGGCUUCCUCCCCGCCUCAUCUUCCGCCGCCGCCGCCGCUGUCGUCCAGGGCGGCCCCCAAGCGCCUCCGGGAGCGGGAGCGGGACCGAGACCGAGACCGAGAGAGCGGCCGCCGGGAGGAGCUCCAUGCGCUGCCGCCGCCGCUGGCCCUUCUGCUGGCCGAGACCCGCGGCGGCCACCGGCGGAGAAGCCGCAGCCGGGAGCGCGACAAACCGGCGGCGGCCAGUCUGCGGCCCCCGGCCCGGGAUUACAAGACGCUGCUCAUCAGCAACGUGGGCCCGCAGGUCCCCGACGACGACCUGGAGGACGCUCUCUUCCACGAGUUCAAGCGGUUCGGCGACGUCAGCGUCAAACUGUCGCACACGCCGGAACUGGGCCGCAUCGCCUACGUCAACUUCCGGCACGCCGAGGAUGCCAAAGAGGCUCGCCACGCGAAGACCACUUCGCGGCUGCUGCUGGCUGAGCGGCUGCUCAAGAUCGAGCCGGUGUACGUGCGCAGGAGGAGCGUCACGCCGCCCGAUGUCACCUACCUGGCCGUGCACGCCCACGCGCACGCGCCCUACCCGCCCUACCGCCAGCGGUCGCUGUCGCCGCCCGGACCCUCGCUCAGCCUGCGCGAGUUGCGCGCCCGCCACUACGCCCUGGAGAGCCUGAGCCGCGAGCGCCUGCUCGACUACUACGGGAUGCUGGACGAGAGGGGGCGCCCCUACGGCCUGGCGCCCGCACCGCAGCCGCCGCCCGACGACCUCAAGCCCGAGGACGACCAGCGCGCCACCAGCAACCUGUUCAUCGGCAACCUGGACGGCGGCGUCACCGAGGCCGAGCUGAGGCGCGGCUUCGACAAGUACGGCGCCAUCGAGGACGUGGUCAUCAAGAGGCCAGCGCGGGGCCAGGGUGGCGCCUACGCUUUCGUCAAAUUUCAGAACCUGGACAUGGCCCACCGCGCCAAGGUAGCCAUGCAGGGGCGCCUGGUGGGCGGCCACCCCGUCAAGAUCGGCUACGGCAAAGCCAACCCCACUACGCGCCUGUGGGUGGGCGGCCUGGGACCCUCCAACUCGCUGGCCACUCUGGCGCGCGAGUUCGACCGCUUCGGAAGCAUCCGGAACAUCGAUUACGUCAAGGGCGACAGCUUCGCGUACGUCCAGUACGAAAGUUUGGAUGCGGCGCAGGCGGCGUGCACGCAAAUGAGGGGCUUUCCCCUGGGCGGGGCCGAGCGUCGCUUACGCGUGGACUUCGCCAAGGUGGAGGAAAGCCCCGCCCGGCCCUUCGCACCCGUGCAGCUACUGCCCCACUACGACGUGCCGGGCGACGCCUACGGACGCCGCCGGAGCCUGGAACGCGACGUCCGGGGCGCAGUCAGGGAGCGUGCACCGUCCCCGCGCGACCUGGCCCCGAGCCCCCCGGGGGGCCCUGAGAGGAGGGCGGGCGCCGCGGAGGCCCUUGGCAGGAGCGGCCGGGCACGCAGCCGCAGCAGGGAGCGCUGGCCGAAGGAGCGUGAGGAGAGGCGGGGUCGGAGGCGGAGCCGCAGUCCCUCGGCGGAGCGCGAGAAGGGGCGGGGUCGAGCGCGCGCGUCGCCCGACGUCAGCCCCGACCGAGCGCGCGUCCGGGCGCCCGACUCCACCACAGAGCCGCGGGACCACACCCCCGACGCCAAAGAGCCAGAGUCUCCGCCCACUCGCCACCGUGGCAAACAUACCGACCCCCAUCACCACCGCGGCGGCAGCGAGGCCGCCGCCCGGCCCGCUGUGACGCCGCCCCUCCCCGCGGGUGCGCCCCCGGCGUGUCCAGGCUCGCUGUCGGAGUUCGCUGCGGCGUCGCUGGCCAAGUGUUGGCGUGGCGUGUUCGCGCUGAAGAACAGCAGCUUCCCGGCCCACCUGUACCUGCUGGAGGGUGGUGCCCCCUUCUUCGGCGCCAUCAUGCGGCGCAACGGCGAGCUGCUGAAGAUAGCGCAGCGCCUCCGCAUGGAUCAGAGCCGUCUGGACGAGGUGGCGCGGCGCGUGAAGGCGGGUCGCCCCGACGGCUUCGCCGUGCUGCUGGCCCUCCAGGGACCCGUGGACCGGCAGGCCGGCGCACCAGGGGCGGCGGGGCUCCAGGUCCGCCUGCUGCGCCACCUGGUGGCUUACCUGCGCAACAAGGAGGCGGCGGGCGUGGUGAGCCUGCCCGGCGCCAAGGAGGGCGGCCCGGGUGCCAUGCUGUACGCUUUUCCGCCGGGAGACUUCUCGGUGCAGUUCCUGCAGGCGGCCAAGAGGGUGGCGACGCCUCUGGACGAGGAGCACAUGGUGGUGGUGGUGGUUAACGACACUAAUUGACCUCAAGGUGGCGCCCUUCCUAAUCCAGACUCCUUUGGCGGUCCACCAGAGGGCACAGCGGCACCCAAACACUACAAACAAACUGAAGCAUCUUCCCUCAUGAAUAAUUAGCACGUUGGUGUGUUCUGUUUUAACACUACAAAAACUUCUUUGAACUUUUCAUACUUUUUUGCUUUCGAACGCAUUGGAACCAACCGAAAGUAGAAAUGUGAGCAGUUGAAAAUGUUGUUUCCAUGGUAACCCUUUUAAAGGAAUAAUUCUCUUUUUAUGUAUUUUGUUCUUAACAAAUGUUGUCAUGUUAAAGCAAAAAUGUUAACUCUU